GUUUUCUCUUCUAAGAUUUAUUCAUUUUAAAUUAAUCUACACACUGAAUGAUAAAUUCUUUGUAGAGUUUGUUUGUUGGUUUGCUUUCAGUAAGAUACUUCUAAGGCCUUGCAUAUCUGGAAAUUGUCUUUCUAUUGCUUUCAAAUUUAAGUAGUAAAUUUACUUUUGAGUUACAACCUUUUCUCCCCAAAAUUGUAUAUGGGCAAUAUCCUCCAAGAUAUACUGUGAAAUGCAAAAGCCAAGUAGAGAAAUGUGUCUAUAUCAUUACCACCAUUUCUCUAAGAGGAGAUACGAGAGACUGGGGACGUCCAGGUUCAGAGCAGGAACCUACGUCGCACCAGCGAUGAAAAAGACAAUUAAAUAUGGGUGCUGUUGAGAAAGGCAAGAAGAUUUUUGUUCAGAAGUGUGCCCAGUGCCACGCCAUGGAAAAGGGAGGCAAGCAUAAGACUGGGCCUAAUCUCUUCGGGCGGAAGACAGGUCAGGCCGUUGGAUUCUCUCACACAGACGCCAGUAAGAACAAAGGCAUCACCUGGGGAGAGGAUACACUGAUGGAGUAUUUGAAGAAUCCCAAGAAGUACAUCUCUGGAACAAAAAUGAACUUUGCCGGCAUUAAGAAGGAGGCAGAAAGGGUAGACUUGAUAGCUUAUCUCAAAAAAGCUACUAAUGAGUAAUAAUUGGCCACGGCCCUAUUUGUUACAACACAGAAAUGUUUCAUGACUUUUUUAUGUGUACCAUACUUUAAUAGCUCUCAUACGCCAGAAUUCAGAUCAUGAAUGACUGACAGAAUAUUUUGUUGGGCAGUCCUGAUUUAAAAUUAAGACUGGGUUGUGGUUAAAUGAAUAUGUUCAGGUUUUGAAUUGUAAUAGUAAUUCCAAUUCAGUAAAUGCUAUCACUGUUUACCCCUUCUAAAGAU